GCAGAUGGGUCCCUUAAACUGAUAAAUCUGAAGAAGAAUGAUUCAGGAGUUUAUACCACUGAGGUUCAUGAUCAAAGAGGAAAAAUACAGGCCAAAAAGAGCAUCAAGUUAUGCGUGCUGGACCGUGUGAAGAAGCCUUCAAUAAAUGUGACCUGCAAGGACUCAGAUGUCACCUUUACCUGCAUUCCUCAAAACAUACAGAAACCAGAUGAUGCACAAUACAAAUGGUUCCAGAAUGGGAAUCAGAUUAACGAAACAGGAAUCAACCUAAAAAGAAAGACUGUGGAAAUGAAAAAAGUCCAGUUUUCCUGUGAAGUUUACAACAAGAUAAGCUCUGAAAGAAGUGAUCCUGUGGUGAAUAUGUGCUUUGAACCUGUGAGGAAGCCUGAAAUAAAUACAACUUGUAAGAGCUCAGAGGUCAUCUUUACCUGCAAUGCUGCUCAGCAGGCUGAUGAUGCACAGUACAAGUGGUUCCAGAAUGGGAAAGUGAUCCACAAUGAAAUAAAAAUCUCAUUGAUAAGAACAAUUUCAGAAAGUAAAAACAUGAACUUCUCCUGUGAAGUUUAUAAUGAUGGCAGCUCUGAAAAGAGUUUCUCUUUGAGUCAUAACUGUGUUUACAAUAUUCUUCCAGGCAUUCCAGAUGAGUUAUUUGGAAUCAGCACCUGGAUUUUUAUUGCUGGUGGAGGAGGUUUUCUUCUAGUGUUGAUCAUCAUCAUUGUGUGCUGCUGUGUCAUAUGUAAAAAGAAAAAGAAGCUCCGGGAGAAUGAUGAGGAGGAGCUUGAAUACCGAGGAGCAAAGAGAUCAACAUCAUCCUAUUGCUCCCCCUGAUCAUCUUCUUUAUAUUUUUACAUCAUUAUCACCAACAGACAUAGAGCAUCUGAAGAUCCACCACUUUACAUAUAAGUACACAUAAAACCACAUAUUUAGAAACACUGAUUUGAAGGACAUUGUCUUUUUUCUAACUGUGAGGUGUUAUAUCAGACUAAACUUUUCUCAUUUAAGGUCUGUGUUUGUUUUCAAAAUCAUAUCUGUUCGUUAAACACCCAAAUUCUUUGAAUACUUUGGAAAUUUUGCUAUUUCAGCCCCAUUUUAAGAGAAAAAUACAAGUAUAUAUUAAGAUCAACCACUUCAAGUCAAUUUAUUGAGAUUAUACUCAUAGACUAUACAGUGAUUCCUAAAAGAGGGUACGCAUACUCGUGAGUGCAUUGCAAGUGGUAAAUGAAAAUAUUUUUUUAGGUAGUAAAAUAAAAUAGGGCUAGGAUCUGUUUUUCUUCAUGA